UCUACCAACCUAAGGGAAGGAAAAUAAAAGUGUCAGAAUCCUGUUAAAAACCCCCCUGGUACCCCGGUUCAUUCAAGCAAGCAAAAUAAAAGUGCGAGAGUUUGCUGUUAAACCUCCCUGUGAUCCAUAUUGAUAUUGUCUGUUCACUAUGGCUCACUUACCAAUUUCCAGAACUAGAACUAUUAUGAAAACAAUUGAUGGCGCGGAUAAUGUUAAUAAAGAUGCUCUGUUUCUUACAACUAGAGCUGCAGAAUUAUUUAUAAAGGAGAUUGCGUCCGCCGCUUGCAAUACGGAUAACGAACUAACGUAUGAUAAUUUAGUGGAUAUUGUACAAAGCACUGAUAGAUAUGAGUUUCUCAGGCAGAUGAUUCCUAGGAAAAUUACAGUGAGGGAGUUUAAAGCUUUAAUGGAUAGGAAAAAUGAUGAAACGGACAAUCUUGAAGAAGAUUCUAGUUUUUCUUCAAAUAAAAGUGAUGAUAGUAAAGACCAAUAACAUAUUUUAGUAUUAAAUGAUCUGGAGAUAAUAUAACCUAAAAAUGAAAUAUUUUGUAAACAAACAAAAAUAAUCACAUUGU